UCAGCCUCUAUUCUGCAGUCUUAGCAUAUCUCCACUAAAAAACAAGAAAUCAUGUCAAUAAGCAACACAGAUAAGGUGGUUUUUCACUACCACCUCACUCUUUUUGUUCACCAUCAUCAAAAUCAUCCCCUUUUUUUCAUUUUUCAAACAUUUCUCAAACAAAUCUUUUUAUUCCUUUGCAGUCUAGGCACUUUGUUCCUUUCUUCUGCUCAUUAUUUUGAGAUGGGUUCUUUAUUUUGCCUUAUUUGAUGCUUUGUGGUGCCUGCAUUUUUCAUGGAACUUGGCUUUUGCAAGUGGGUACUUGCAUUUUCACUAUCUUGUUGGGCUAUUUUGGCCACAGUAUACUCAGUGAAUGGAUUAAGAGAAGAUGCUAAAGUUAGAGGAGUCAAUUUGGGAGGUUGGCUGGUUGUGGAAGGCUGGAUUAAGCCUUCAUUGUUUGAUGGCAUUCAUAAUGGAGAUAUGCUUGAUGGUACCGAGGUUCAAUUUAGAUCAGUGACCUUGCAGAAGUAUGUCUCCGCCGAGAAUGGAGGUGGCAUGAGUGUUACGGUUGAUAGAGAUGAUGCUUCUUCAUGGGAAACAUUCAGGUUAUGGAGACACUCUGAAUUAGAAUUUGAGCUUCGGACCUCCCAGGGCCAGUUUCUAACAUGUGAUAGUGAAUGGUGCUCUAUCUCUGCAACAGCAAACUCAUCCUCGGCAGGGACUACAUUUUAUAUUGAGAGAAAUACUAACAACAGAGUGCAUAUAAAACUUACUAGUGGGACCUAUCUACAGGCUACAUUAGGAAACCAGCUCUCUGCAGACUAUCCAGGGAAACCGGGAUGGGAUGAUAAUGCAGCAACAUUUGAAAUGAGCAUUAUAGCAAAUAACUUGCACGGAGAUUAUCAACUUGCGAAUGGGUAUGGGCAUAAUAAGGCCAAAGAGAUUCUUAAGAAACAUAGAAACACUUUUAUUACAGUAGAAGAUUUCAGGUUUCUAUAUAGACAUGGGAUAAACACUGUGAGGAUCCCAGUUGGUUGGUGGAUUGCCUUAGAUCCUGAUCCUCCGGCUCCAUUUAUAGGAGGAUCCUUGGAAGCUCUAGAUAAUGCACUCUCAUGGGCGCAAGCCUAUGAUAUAAGAUGUAUAAUUGAUUUUCAUGCGGCUCCCGGCUCUCAGAACGGAAUGGAACAUAGUGCUAGCAGAGAUGGUACAACAGGCUGGCCUACUUCUCCUGAUUACAUCUCACAGACUCUCGAUGUUAUAGACUUUCUAGCUUCAAGAUACGCGAGACAUCCUGCCUUGCUAGGAAUCGAGCUUUUAAAUGAGCCAUCUGCUGGUUCAGUCCCUUUGGAAGUUUUGGUUCCAUAUUACAAACAAGGCUACGAAAUUGUUCGAAAAUACUCACCAAACGCUUAUGUCAUCAUCUGUCAAAGAAUUGGCAAUGCUGACCCGAUGGAACUUUACCAGGCUAAUAUAGGCUCUCACAACAUUGUUGUUGAUUUGCAUUACUACAAUCUUUUCGACACUUUCUUUUCUAAUAUGAGUUCUGAGGAUAAUAUCCAAUUUAUACACAACAGCAGGGAAGCUCAAUUACAGGCUCUGAACAGUGCCAAUGGUCCGCUUGUUUUUAUCGGCGAAUGGGUGAACGAAUGGAAUGUAACAAGUGCAUCGGAGGAAGAUUAUCAAAAUUUUGGGAAAGCGCAACUUGAGGUUUAUGAUGCAGCUUCUUUUGGAUGGGCAUACUGGACUCUCAAAAAUGAUAGGAAACACUGGGAUUUCGAAUGGAACAUCAAGAACAAUUAUCUCCAAUUCGGUAAUUCACCGGUUAGCCAAAUUGUCGACAGACUGGUAUUGAUCGGCUUGAUAUCUACUUGCUUCUUUUUGCAUCAUAUAGUAUAGUGCAGCAGCUGAGAGAUGAUAUGAUCCAGAGAUAAAAAAACAUGAAAAUUUACGGGCGGCUUUUUAUUUUAUGUUGGUUCGCAGAUAUUCAUUCAUUGCAAAUCUGCAGGUUCAAUAAUAACUUUACAGCACAAAUAUACUGAUAGAAAACAGAAACUUAUAGUUGUACGUUUCGCUUUCAAAAUAUUAUCUGUAAUCCAUUUUUGUAAAAAAAUAACUGUCUUAUAUUUUCUAUUUCAAUGUUUUUUUUAGUUAAUAUAGCUUAUCCUCAAUAUUGUA